AUGCCUGACUCUCUCAACAUAGAAGAGGCCGAUCCUCUGUUGCUUGAGUCUGAAAGUGACUAUCGCAGUAGCCUCGAACACUGCCAGAAUACGUUGGAAUUUGACUAUCAUGAAGAUCCUGAAAACCCACUUGAAUGGCCAAGCUCCUACAAAUGGGGUAUUGUGGCUUUGUUAUCUUUCAUGGGCUUCACAAUAACAUUCACAUGCAUCUCAAUAGCCCCAAUAGCAGGUUAUAUCAUCGAUGACCUGAAUGGAGGCCAGCAGAGCCAAGGGUCAAAGUCUGCCACCGUCGUUCUCGUCACGAUAUGGGAACUGGGUGAGGCUAUUGGACCUCUUUUCAUUGCACCAUUGUCGGAGAUAUUUGGUCGUUAUCGCCUCUACUUGACUAUGAACAUGAUGUUUAUCGCCGCUACCUUGUUCGCAGCUGUCUCGCCAACGACAGGACUGCUUAUCGCUUCACGUGCACUAAUGGGCAUGUCAGUAGCCUCCAACGUGCUGAACCCCGCCGUGAUUGGUGAUAUGUUUGUUCCGGAGCAAAGAGGCACUGCCCUCAGUUUGGUCAUGUUUAUUCCCCUCAGUGGUGGUACUGUGGGCCCAGUCAUUAGCGGUGCUAUCCUGCAGACUCUCGGCUGGCGUACUGUUGUCUGGAUUAGCGUAGGAAUGGCAAUAAUUUGUCAAUUCCUGUUCAUUGCUUUCUUCCAGGAAACAUACAAAAUCCAAAUACUUCGCCGGAGGAUGGCUAGGGUAAGCAGAGAAAUUGGAGCAUCCGAGAAACGCGAAGACCCCAAGACGAAUCUGAGCAGCUUGCGAACUUCAGUCAUGCGCCCAGCAGUGGUCUUAUUCAAGUCGGGUGUUCUGGCAGCUCUGCUGCCCUUUGGAUCUUUCAUUUUCUCACACUUUUACAUUGUGUCUACCACACUUCCAGACAUACUGAAGACUGCAUAUGGACUGCCGCCAUCUGCUAUAGGGCUGGCAUUUACUGCAAAUGCCAUUGGCACCCUGAUCAGUUUUGUCAUUUCCAAAACCCUGCUGGAUAAGAUAUACACUAAACUACAGAGCUUGAAUAACGGAGACGGUAUACCGGAGCAUCGUCUACCGCUGAGUAUCAUUGGGGCGUUGACACUACCCCCUGCUUUGAUACUAUAUGGUUGGUGUGCCGAGUACACAUUGCCAUUACCCGUGUUUCUGUUUGCAACGGUGUGGAUUCGUGUUUCCAUGAUGUUAGCAUAUCUACCCUUGACAGCGUAUAUUGUGGACGCAUGUGGCAUUUAUGCAGCAUCUGCAAUGGCUGGCUUUAUCUCAGCAAGGUGCUUAGCUGGUGCAUUUUUACCUUUAUCAAUAUCACAUUUGACUGGGAAGCUCGGCUACAGUGGAGGACUCUCUGUUGUUGGUGGCUUGAGCUUGAGCUUCGCUUUGAUUCCUAUUCUUAUAUCACGCUAUGGCGCACAGUGGCGACAGAGGUGUCAGUAUACUUCACCAUAG